UGCGACCAGUUACUACUAUUACCUGCUUUUAAACUCUUACACUUUCCUUUGCUACGUUUGUUUGCCUGUUUGAAAGACACGAACAUUUGAAUAUAAGAAGAAUUCGAUAGAGACACAUUACCGGGAAAUAUUUUGCUAUUUUAUUUACAACAAAAAUUCUAUUCCACUUUGUUCCUGGAAUACCGUGAAUCUAUUAAUCUCUGAACUGUUCUUUCCCUUAACGUCUUAUAAUAUACCUUUUAUCCUACGAUCGAAAGCAACGUUUCUCUAACAAAUAGCCGAAUAUAACCGCGAUAGAGCGUAAGAUUUUCACGAGGUUAUAGAACAAAAGGGGUGAACAUCGCUCGAUCUUUCUGCGAAAUUAGAUAGGUGUAUCUCGCGGCCAUAAAACUGCAACCAAGCCAAGAGAAAAGUAGAUAAAAGUAAGAAAUGACCAUCGGAAGCAGACCGAUCUAUCGGGCGGUAACGGGAAUCGCUCCACCGUAUGUCAUGUACAAUAAUACCAGUGGCGCUUUUUACGGAUAUUGCAUCGAUCUUCUGAACGACAUUGGAUCGUUGGCGGGUUUCGAUUACACGAUCAGAAAGUCUUUCGACGAAAAAUACGGGGAUUUGGACCCGAAGACUGGGCUUUGGAACGGUAUGAUCUACGAGUUAACGAGCAAUACGUCGGACAUCGCUGUCGGACCCAUAUGGAUCACAUCCAGCAGGGCUCAGGUAGUCGACUUCGCUGUUCCGUACCAAAGACCAAGCGGUUUCACGAUAAUGAUGCUGAAGAAAAGGAGGCAAGUCCCGUUCCUCAGAUUCCUAAUGAUCUUGGAGAUCGAUGUCUGGAUAGGUUUUGCGUUCGCUUUCCUCUUCACGAUAUUUCUAUUAUAUAGUCUGGAGAGGUACUCGCCCUUUAGCUACCGGAACAAUCGGGCAAAGUAUCGGAACGAGGCGGACGAUCGAUUCUCCUCGUUGAAGGAGUGUUUCUGGUUCGCGUUCACGUCAAUCACUCCCCACGGAGGAGGAGAAAUGCCCAAAAAUUUAUCAGGGAAAAUAGUGGCCGGGACCUGGUGGCUGUUUGGCUUCGUCAUGGUCGCCGCUUACUCUGCCAAUCUCGCGGCCUAUGAAACUCUAGAACGGUUGGAGAGAAACAUCGAGUCCAUGGACGACCUUAGAAAGCAGUAUCGAGUUCAGUAUUCCACCGUGGCCAAUUCCUCGGCUUUCAGAUAUUUCUUAGCAAUGAGAAGGACGGAGGAAUGGUUCUACGCGAACUGGAGACGUAUGGCGUUAGACGAGAAUACACCAGAAGCAAAGAGAUCCGAUUAUGCCGUGUGGGAUUAUCCGUUGGAGGACAAGUUCACGAAGAUGUAUCUUGCGAUGGAAGACACGGGAUUUGUUCGGAGCGUGGAAGAAGCGGUGAAAAUGGUCCGGGAAGCAAACCGUACUUACGAGUUCGCCUUUAUAGCGGAAGCUAUAACCGUAAAAUAUCUGAUGUUGACGAACUGCGACUUCAGACAGAUCGGGGAAGAGUUUGGCAAGAAACCGUUCGCUUUUGCGGUACAGAGGGACUCUCCUUUGAGAACGAAGCUCAAUGACGCGAUUACCAAGCUGGCAAUUGAACGGAGAUUAAACGCUCUGGAGAAGAAAUGGUGGGACGAAAAUCCUUCGAGAGCGAAUUGCCCGGCUGACAAGGAUUUUAACGCGGGCUUCGACGUCGACAAUUUGGCUGUUACGUUCCUGCUAAUCCUUCUCGGUAUAUUGCUCGCUGUUCUAAUACUCUGCCUUCAAUAUUGCUGGUAUUGCUAUUGGUUAAAUAGAAGAAUAAAAAAAGUAGGCCUCUAUGCGACAACGCGAUACAUUUCUCGUGGAAAAUAA